AUGAGCAAUUCAAGAUAAUAAACUUCAUAAUCGAGAUAAGUUGGCAAUCCAGUUGAAAGAAGAGUUACAAAUUAAGUUUACUCAUACAACCCUCUAGUUGACCCGCCUGGAUAUUCUUAAAACACUCAAACUGCAACAUAGAUGCCAACUUAAAUGUACUAAUAAUAACAAAUGUAGUAGUAAUAUAUGAUGCCACAGUCACAGUAUUAACCUGCUGAUAGAAAUUAUUUUGAACAAAAUCUUUUGUAAAUAAACGAUCAGAUGUCCAAUAUUAAUUCUUAUAAUUAACAAGCUGUCAAUCACAAUUAAAUGCUUAUAGAAAUGCAAGAAAAUAAGCUUAACUAGCUCAUGAGUGAGGUCAAAAAAUUAAAGGAUGGAGGUGGGUAAGCUAAUACAAAUGGCAAGAAUUUAAACAAAGACAGAGAUUUAGAAAAUUUGAUGAUGCUCAAUGCAUUUGAUGACUCUUUGGCAAAUACAAGAUUGUAUUAUGGAGAAAAUUUAUAUAAUUAAUAUGGCAGAUAUGCAAAAACUAAUUUAAUGGAUUAAAUUUCAGGCAAUAAUAUUUAUUAAGGUGGUGGUGGAAUGCAAAGAAGGAAUAUGAGCUAGCCUUUGAUAAAUCCUGAAUAAAAGUUUAGAAAAUAAGUCUUUGGAGGUUUUGGUGAGCUAUUCUGGGAUGGUAAAGGGAAUCCAAAUAACUUCUAACCUCAAUAAUAUAAUAAUUAUAAUAUUCCUUAAUCAUAUUAAAAUUAAAAUGCUCCUAUUUCUGCUCCAACACAGCCUUAUCCUGCUUAUCAACAACCUCCUUAAUAGUUUUAAUAGCAGCAGUAGCCGUAGAGUGUAUUUUAACGCAACUCUUCACAAAUUCUUAACAUGGGAAAUCCAUAUUAGUAGCAAUUACCUCGAAGUCCUUAAGUUUAGUAAAUUUAGCAGAAACCUUCAGCUUAUGAUAUACCAAAUAGGUAAACACAAACUCCAAUGAAAAGCACUGCAUAUAGCUUAAGUGCCUUAGAUAACUAACCUCCAAAUGAUGACCCUCUUGUGAAUUUGUUGAUUAAAUAAGGUUAGCUUAUGGAAAAUAUAUCAACUAAUAUAGAUAAAGAGACAAAAAAACAAGAGAAAAAUGAUGUAAAAAGAUUGAAAAAAAAAUUAGAUUAAUUUGAAGAAAAGUAAAAACAACUUUUGUUACAAGAGGAAUACAAUAAUAUGUACCCAAGUAAGAAUAAUCAUACUUAUCAAAGCAACCCUUAUGAUGUUAGAAAUAUAUUUGAUCCAAAUUAUUAGCUUUAAAAUAUGUAAAAUUUAUCUAUGGGAAAUCCCAUGAUGAACUAAUUUACGCUACCGUUGCAAAUAAUGCUAUCCUUUGUAAAUAAAAAUAAUGAUUAAUAAGUCAAUAAAUAAUCUAGAUUGGAACAGAUUAAAACUUCAAUGUUGAUGAGGAAAUUAGCAAUUGAAAAUGAGCUUCUCAAACAGGGUAAAGUAGAAAAAUAAAGCAGCAAGAAAUCUAAAAAGAAGAAAAAAAGCAAGAAAUCAAAAAAGAGAAGUCGUAGAUCAAUCGCUGGAGAUGAUGAAGAUGAUUAUGAUGACGAUGACAUAGAUGAAGACGAAGAUGAUUACUAUAGUGAAGACGAUGACUGGGACAGUGAUGAAGACUACGAUUAUGAAGAUGAUGAAGACUAAGAAUAAUAAGAUUUGCCUCCUCCUCCAAAAGUAGAAACAGAAGAAGAAAAAAAGAAGAGGGAAGAAGAAGAACUUAAAAAAAAGAAAGAAGAAAGAAUAAAAAAUAUCAUAAAGAAAGUCAAAAUUGUUUCAAAAAGAGCAUUUUUCCCAAUAUUGUAUUUCAAAACGAUCAGAAUGUAAAUCGAAGAGAAAAAAAAAGCAGCUUACAAAAAGAUCAACGAAGAUAUGUAAAGAUUAAAAGAGAGUGUUACAAACUGGGUAGAAUAAGUUAGCAGCCGUGGUUUAAACUUAAUAUUAGAUGUUAAAGCAUCUUGUGAUAUAUCAAAGAAACUUUCAGAAAAAGAAAUGAGAAAGCGUGUAGAUAAUCUAAAAUUAAGAGUUAAAGCUCUACUAGAUGGUUUGGCAGAUAAUUGUAAAGAAGAAGAUAUAGGAAAUAUUGCAGUUUAGAUAUUUGGUACUUACAUAAAUAACUUUAAUUUCCCUCCUUAGCAAUAACUUUAUAAAUUCGAAAUCAAUCGUUUAAAGUUUACAUAUUUUGGUGCUCUAAAUGAUAUGAAUGCAAGAUAACAAUAAAUGCUUUUACUAGUCUUUAUAAUUAUAAAAGUUCUUAUACUUGUAACAUUAAAUACUUCUUAGAAGCAUUUUGAUAAAUUGAAAGAUUCUAAUGAUCUCAAAAUCAAUUUAAAAGUAAUAAAGAGUGUUAUCUAUGAAAUAUUAAUUGAAUAUCUUAGAAAUACUUGUCCGCCUAUUUAAAAUAAUUAAGUUAUGCUUUCAGCUGAUAAAAAAAUUAAAGAAACACCAAAUAUUCCUAUGGCAUCAAAUGACCCAGUAGAUCCGUAAGCUUUAAAAGAUGCAUAAAAGUACGAUGAACCUAUUAUUUUAGGACUGUUUUCAAGGAAUUAGCUUGAAUAGGUAUUCUAGGGUAUAGAAAAUUCAACUUGGAUGGAGACUAUGAAAUCGACAUUGUAAGGAUUGGGAGAAAGCUUAGUAUAAACUAUAAACAAAAAGUAUGAAGAAAUGAGAGCCAAGCAGAGAGAAGAGAACAAAGCAAACAAGAAAAACAUCUCUACUCUUUUGCAAAUAAAUAUAAAUGAUAAAGAUUUCCUUAAAAAAGCGAGAGAACAAGAAGAAUAAGAUAAAAAUAAAUGA